AUGGACCGUGCAGAGUUCAAGGCAGCGGCUCAUUCUGCCAUCGAUGAUAUCCUCGGCUAUUUCGAUAGCGUCCCCGACCGAAGAGUCCUCCCGGCUGUCGACCCCGGAUACCUACGCCCUCUGAUCCCCGCCAAUCCCCCGACUGAGGCGGAAACAUGGGACCAGAUCCAGCAGGAUGUGGACACGAAGAUCAAGCCGGGGUUGACCCAUUGGCAGUCGCCGAACUUCAUGGCCUACUACCCGGCCAGUGUGACUUACCCUAGUAUUCUGGGAGAGAUGUAUUCUGCGGCCUUCACCGCGCCCGCAUUCAACUGGCUCUGCUCGCCGGCAUGCACGGAACUGGAGACAAUCGUGAUGGACUGGGUGGCAAAGGCAUUGGGCUUGCCCGAGUGCUUUUUGAGCACAUCGAAGAACCUUGGUGGUGGAGUUAUCCAGAAUAGUGCCAGUGACGCGAUUGCGACUAUCAUGGUCGCAGCACGAGAGCGACGGGUGCGCGAGAUGGUACUGGCCGAGGGUCUCGAGGAAGGAACCAACGAGUACGACGAACGGAAGAUGGAUCUCCAGCCGCGGUUGGUGGCUAUCGCCAGUGAUCAGACACACAGUAGUGCGGCCAAGGGAGCUUUGAUUGCGGGAACCCGUUUCCGCAGUGUGUCGACUAAGUUGGAGGAGAACAUGGAGAUGACAGCUACGCGGCUGCGAGAGGUGUUGGAGAAGUGCGACCAGGAUGGAUUGACACCGUAUCAUCUGACCAUGACCUUUGGUACUACCAAUACCUGCAGUGUUGAUCGCUUUGCCGAGAUCAAGGCCGUGCUGCAGGAGAAGCCUGCAUGGCAACGCAUCUGGGUGCAUGUGGAUGCGGCAUAUGCAGGUGCCUCUUUGGUCGCCGAUGAGUGGCAGUACAUUACCAAGGACUUUUCCGAGGGUGUAGACAGUUUCAACAUGAAUAUGCACAAAUGGUUGCUGGUCAACUUUGAUGCAAGUGUCCUGUUCAUCCGGAAUCGCCUCGAUCUAACAAAUGCCCUCGACAUUACCCCAACCUACCUCCGCAACCCUUAUUCCGAUAUGGGCACCGUGAUUGACUACCGUAACUGGUCCAUCUCUCUUGGCCGCCGUUUCCGAGCUCUGAAAAUCUGGUUCGUGAUGCGCAGCUAUGGCUUGAAUGGCAUGAAAGCGCACAUCCGCAAGACGAUCGGCCUUGGUAAUAUCUUCGCCGAUUUAAUCCGUGGUCGUGCCGAUCUGUUCGACAUCGUCACCAAACCAGGUUUCGCUUUGACUGUUUUCCGCAUCAAGAGCCCGGGCUCGAAGACCGAUGGCAAAGUCGUCAAAGAUGAGGUGGCUGAUGGUAUCACUAAAAAGGUUUAUGAAUUGAUUAACUCGCGGGGCGAGAUCUUUAUCACCUCCACUGUGGUUGAUGGCGUGUAUGUGAUCCGUGUGGUCAGCGCCAACCCGAUGGCGGAGGAAAAGUAUGUCCGCAACGCGUUUGAUAUCAUCGUUCGCACAACCGAGGAGGUUUUGCAACAAGAAUAG